GCACAGCAAGUUGUUAUAAUAUAAGAUUUUGUUAUUCCUAUGUGGAACAGAUUUAAGUAUAUUUAUUAAAAAAACACUAUGUCAAAAAUAACAAUGAGUCAAUUGACGCACCCGCAGCGCGUGCGUUUACUGUACAAAACCAUAUUGCGGCUGCAUCGAGGUUUGCCCACAGAACUGCGCGCUUUGGGCGAUAACUAUGUGCGCGAUGAGUUCAGGCGGCAUCUCAAAUGCAAUCCCAUGGAGACACAACUCUUUAUGACCGAGUGGGCUCGCUACGCCUCCACCAUCACAAAGCAGCUGGGACUGCGCGGCAAACCGAAGGGAGAACUGGGCGAGCCACUGGAUGCCCAGUCGGUGGAAAUGCUCAAGGAUGACCAAGUAGUACAGCUAUACGAGCUAAUGCUGGCCACCAAGGCUCUCAAUGGAGAUACGAUAACGGCAGAUGAUGUGAGAGGCAGUAAUCAAUAAAUUGUAGUUUUAUUA